AAAGAAACUGUAUUAGGUAUCACUUGUUCGGGUUUGUACAGAACAGCAACAAGGUCUAUCAAAAUGAACGCAUUCGUCAGUGGAGUUGUUAUCUUGGGAGUCGUCGCUAUGGCUAGCGCUGGACAAGUAGCCUACGGAUACGUAGGUGCCCCAGCUCUGACCUACGGCGCAUCCCCAAUUCUCCUUAGAUCUGCAUACCCAGCAGUUGAAGGACAAUAUCUUGCCGAAAACACCGAAAAACUCUACGAUGACGGCUCUUACAAGCCAGAAGUGCGCGCCAUCCCCUUGGCAGCUUCCCCCUACGGUUUGACUCCAGCAGGUUCUGGGCUUGAAGGAGCCUACGUUCAAGACAUCAACGAGAAAUUGUACGACGAUGGCAGCUACAAGCAGGAAUUGAGAGCUAUCCCUUUGGCUAAUUCUCCCUAUGGUUUGACCCCAGCUGGAUCCGGGCUUGAAGGCGCCUACGUUCAUGACAUCACUGAAAAACUUUUCGAUGAUGGAUCUUACAAACCCGAAUAUUACCACUAAAUAGUGAUUAGGCUUUGAUGUAAAUAAAUUAAUAAAUUAUCUGAAAUAAAAAUGGA